UGCGCCCGCCCCGCUGGCCGGGCUAUAUGGUCGCGCCCCGCUGGGCUGCGGCGGGCGGGUGGAGGUGCGCGCCUGGCCUGGGAACAUGGACUUCGUCCGCCUCUGGCUAGGGCUGCUUCUGCGGUCGGUGGCCGCUCUGGAUUUCGGCUACCACCACCAGGAAGAGAUGGAAGCGUUUUUGAAGAAUAUUGCCCAAGACUACAGUUCCAUCACUCAUUUACACAGUAUUGGGAAGUCUGUGGAAGGCAGAAACCUGUGGGUUCUUGUUGUGGGUCGCUCACCAAAGGAACACAGAAUCGGGAUCCCGGAGUUUAAAUACGUGGCCAACAUGCAUGGAGAUGAGACUGUAGGGCGGGAACUGUUGCUCCAUUUAAUUGAGCAUCUCGUGACCAGUGAUGGAAAAGACCUUGAAAUCACAAAUCUAAUCAACAGUACCCGAAUACACAUCAUGCCUUCAAUGAACCCAGACGGGUUCGAAGCUGUCCGAAAGCCUGACUGUUCAUACAAUGAAGGAAGGGAAAAUGCUAACCACUAUGACCUGAAUAGAAAUUUCCCCGAUGCAUUUGAAGUCAACAAUGUGUCGAGGCAGCCUGAGACCGCGUCGGUCAUGGAGUGGCUGCACAGGGAGACAUUCGUCCUCUCUGCCAACCUCCACGGCGGCGCGCUGGUAGCCAGCUACCCGCUGGACAACGGUGUCCCGGCAACCGGGACAUUACACUACCGUAGCUUAACCAUUGAUGAUGACGUUUUUCAAUACCUUGCACAUACCUACGCUUCACAAAAUGUCAACAUGAAGAAAGGAAAUGAGUGUAAAACUGUGAACUCUCAUAAUGGAAUUAUCAAUGGAUACUCUUGGUAUCCCCUCAAAGGUGGAAUGCAAGAUUACAACUACAUCUGGGCCCAGUGUUUUGAAAUCACGUUGGAGCUGUCAUGCUGUAAAUAUCCUCAUGAGGAGGAGCUUCCAACCUACUGGAAUGAAAACAAAGCCUCAUUGAUUGAAUAUAUAAAACAGGUGCACCUAGGUGUAAAGGGUCAAGUUUUUAAUCAGAAUGGAAAUCCAUUACCCAAUGUAAUUGUAGAAGUCCAAGACAGAAAACAUAUCUGCCCCUAUAGAACCAACAAAUUUGGAGAGUAUUAUCUCCUCCUUUUGCCUGGGUCCUAUGAAAUAAAUGUUACAGUCCCUGGAUACCAUCCAUACUUCACAAACGUAACUAUUCAAAAAAAAUCCCAGAAAUUCAGUGCUUUCAAAAAGGAUAUUUUACUUCGAUUCAGAGGACAACUGGAUUCUACCACAGUACUGAAUCCUUCAUGUCCUACGAUUCCUCUAUAUGGUGAUUCGCCAAACCACUCCAUUGCAACAAAGCCUAGUUUGUUCUUAUUUUUAGUGACUCUUUUCUACAUAUUUUUCAAAUGAAGCAAAAUGUGAACAUUCAAUGCCGGUCAUCACCUGGAAUCAGGGAUCACUCAUGCCAGCGUACUGCAACUCUCAACUGAAUAAAGGCCAUGGUCCCUAAUUGUUAACAAAUCCAGCAACAAGGAAUGUGUGAUGACAAAAGGAAGGAUUUAGUCCAAGGGCGAAUGGAAGACAUCUACUUAUGAAGUAUGCCCCCUUAAACUUCAUCUUGAAUCUUAGAAAUUUCUAAGUUAAACUUAAGAAGAAAAAAAUAAGUUCUGCAAUGAACUAAGUUUAUUUUGUAAACAGAGAGCCAGAGGAAUAUAAGCAAUGAAGGUGAACAUUCAUUGAUCAACUACUGUAUUUUAAGACCUUUUGGCCUGUGUGCUAUAAAGGAAGAAUUCUCAGCACAGGAAGAAAUGAUAGGACUUGAAAUAUUCAGUUUUGCAAAUGUCUACAGAAACAUGAGAGAAAAUGGCAAUCAUGUCUCGGGGGCCCAAGAAAACAUGGGCCUGAUGAGAUGACAUGGGCCCCAAAACAAAAGGUCAAUUAAGUGUCCCUGUCUUUCUGCCCAUUGAUGCCACAGUCCUAUUAUGAUGAUCCCCAAAUGUGUAACUCUAGCUUUUAUCCAAGCUCCAAACUCACAUCCAACUGCCCACUGUACAUAUCCACCUGGAAGUGACCUACAGACACUUCAAACACAUGUCAAAAUUGAAAGUGCCUUCCUUUCUGAAGCUGUUCUUCGUAUUUCUCUGUUUCUGGUACCACCAAACCAGGAACCUGGGAGUUAUCCUUGAUACUUCUCUUCCUCCUUUACUCCAUACAUUUAGUCACUAAUGUUAAUUAUAAACGCUGCUUGAUUCUACUUCCCUCUCCAUGGCUACUAAACACUGCCAAGUUUAGGCCCUCAGUUCACCUGCACCAUCAGCAGCUUUACUGGUCUUUUGCUCCCAGCCUCUCUUCUUCAAAUCCACCCUCCACACAGCACUGAGGGAGUCUCAUCAAAACAAAGAUCAACAAUCAACUGCUUGUAGUUCUUACCAUGUAAUGUGCUGUUUGUGUCCUGUACCUGGCAUGUCAUUCUGACCCCACUGCAUUUCUUUUCUCACUGAUCCUUUAACUUUCAGUUCAGGCAUCAACUCCUCUAAAAAGCCUUUGUAUUAUCCCAUCCCAUCCCACACUCUCCCAGUCAAUGCAGGGGCUCCUUCCUCUUUGUUCCCCAAAUUAAAUAGGUUACCUCUAUCAUAAUUUUUCUCUAGUAUAGAUUAUGAGCUCUUUGAAGCCAGGGUCUAUUUAAUUUGUUUGAAAAUUUCAUUUUUACAUCCUCAGAGCCUAGCACUCUAGUGCUAGUAGUAGGAAAUGAGUAAAUGAAGAAACAAAUAAUUCCAGUGACCAAACUCCCAGGCUUUCCCUGAAACUAGAGCUUUGAGUCAUCCAGGAGACAAGGUCCUGUACUUUGGCAAUCUGGCUCGGUACUGAUAGCAAUGAAAGAGUAUUUUCAGUAUGUAUCAAGGAAUAAAUUAAAAUAUGGUGCUUUUACUGGGCUUUGAAUUGAUCCUAAGGUUCAUAGUAAUACGUUACCUCUUAACAAGCUACCAUUUUUAUCAGUAAGCAAAAUUUUCACUAUUAGUACUCAAACUGAAGCAGUAAUUCUCCACUACAGUGGAAUUUAACCUAUCUUAAAACAUUAUAUGUAAGAAUCAAUGGGAGGAAACAUCAAAUAAAAUAGCAACUCAGAAGCAGAUUCCUCAGAAGCAGAUUCCUAAGUGCUAUUAUGUAUUGCUCAUGGAAAGUGAACUGCCUUGGUUCUAUUUUAAAUUGAAAGUUUUAUAGGAUCUGGAAACAAUCUGUAGUGGACUUUGUACACAGUGGGUGCUUGAGAACCACAAAUGAAUGGGAAAUACAUGGGCAUUUUGGAGCUAUUCCUUUGCCAAGCUUAUUCUGCAUGCACAAAGUUGUUAGCAUGAAUGUAAUUUGUAGUUUUCUUUCACUUCUUAUAUAAUCUAGUAAUAUGAAUAUCUUAAUCAUUUUAUUUAAAUAAGCAGUAAUUUAUUAUAUAUUUUAAAGUUUGUAUUAAUAUUGCAGAAAAUGAUUUUGGUAUGUUAAAUAUGUAUAAACGUAUAUAAAACUGACUUAUCAAGACAUAAACAAUUUUUCAAUGAGGCAUUUCUGAGUUACAGCUUUUCCUUUUCUAGGAUAACAAUUUUCAAAAGGACAUGAACCAAAAUCUGAACUGGUUCAUGAGCCUUAGUGGAAGUUUCUUGAAAUAGUAAUUUUAAAAUCAGAAAUGUUAUCAAACUUAAACUCAUUGAGAGGCAAGCUAAAUAACUAGAAUAAUCUCCAAACAUGAACUUAAUUCAGAGCAGGUUCGGGUACAUACUCUGGCUAGCAUGCAAAAAUAAAGUUUAUAUAGCGAGUGUUCAGUGCGGUUGGAUCCCUGCUACACCCUCCACUAAAUGAAGCAUCCAAGAGGAGAAAACAUGGAAUUUCAACUAGUCAGACCAGAGCCCCAAAUCUCCCUGAAUAACGUUUUUCCUACUUUUUCCCACCCCAUUAUACUGGUGGUCAUGCCCCUUAAGUUCUCAGUUCCUUUUAUAGGAAACCAACAUAAUAAAGGUUUUCAAAAUAAGAGAUAAGAAGAUAGCAUGUGGGAAUACUGUGAUAAUUAGGGUGCAGGAGCCCUGGGUUCAAACCCACCCCACAUAAACUUCCCUUACUUUGAAAUGAAGGCCCUGCUUGACUGAUUCUGUGACUGUCAGGAGCAGCACCAUUAAGACGUCAUAUUUUGGUGCUUGCCCAGGUAGAGGAAGGACAAUUAACACUAAGACGGCAUAAAUAUCUUGAGGGCAGCAUAAUAAUCUUAUUAAAGACCAAGCCUUUUACCUCAUCUGCAAACAGAAUGGGCCUGAAAACUGGUUAGCUAGAAUGAAUAAAAAAGGUAGUAGUUUAAUUAAAAAGAUAACAGCUUUUUCUCACAUAUCUACAUUAACAUGAAUGAAUCUAAAAAGGUGGGGAGCAUUUUAAGAGAAAUGUUAAGACUGCGGGUUAAGUGUGUUGAUUUUGGUGCUUACUUUGUAAUUCAGAGUUGAGCUGUUGGAUGUUUCAGAAAUGUUAAAAGCCUCUUCUCAAUAUUUCUGAAAGUCUAAGAAAUCAAUGGUGUUUUGUUACAGAAGCAAAUCUGUAUUGGGGGUGUUUCUAAAAACUGUUAAGAAUUUAGCACUAGCUUUAGAAAGUAUAAGUAUCUGGUAUUGGAUUAGAAAUAUGAACAUAGCAUAUUUUCUCACUGCAGCAGGAUAGGUGCUUAUUGUUUGGUUUUUAACUACACAGUGACAAUACAGUUGUCUGUUUUACAUAUCCCUUUUAUCAUUCUCAUGACUUCAGAUGGGGAAGAGAAAGAAGAUGAUGAUUAUUAAAGAGCCUCUUCCCCUUCCCAAAAAAGUUCAUAACACCUACAAUAGAAGUUUGGAGAAUCUAACUUCACUAAGCCUCUACACUAUCACUGAUAAGCACGUUUUAUUGUACUGUAUUGUUAACAAACCAUUUUAUCAUACUUUAUCAUAUGAACUAUUCCACAGCCUUUUAUAGAUGUUUCAUAGCUGGGUUUUUUUUUUUAACAAGUAUCUCAGUGGCUUUCUUUUGUACUCUAAUUAAGAACUUAAGAUGUACAAAUUGUCUAAGACUGCACAGUUUAUUGGGUAGGGGCCAUAACUACCUCUGAAUUCAGUAAAUUUAGAAUUUUUUUAAUUCUCAAUAAAGAAUAUUCAUGUAAACAGUGAA